ACAUGCGGCAGCCUUCGUUACUACUGGUAUUGCAGGAAAGACGAACGCAAUGCUUGUCCUAUCGCUGUUUUCUCUGUUGCUGAUUGCACGUGUUACAGCACGGUCUCCUCCAGCACCUCUGGGAAAUCCAGAAUCUCCAGUCUAUCAAAGAUGCCUCAAGAAAAUAGCGGAUGUUUUCUUUGUUGUUGAUACAUCCAGUAGUUUGAAAAUCAAUUCUAAUGUCAUGAAAGAAUUAGAUUUUAUGGGUGAGGUCAUUACAGCGUUUGAUCUUGGUAAAGACCAGGUGCGGACCGGAAUGAUGACAUUUGCAACCAAUACGGAACUAUUGUUCAAACUUGAUGACUUUAAAACAAAGAAAGAAAUUGCCAAAAUUUUAGAUGAUAGGAAGAAUUUUGUGAAAUAUCAAUGGGAAGGUGGCGAUACUAAUAUUGGUAAAGCUUUAAGACUUUUAAUGGACGAAGGACUAUCCACGUCACAUGGUAGCCGUGCUGACGUUCCACAAAUAGCCGUGAUCAUAACCGACGGAGACCCAAACGAUAGGGAUGACUUUGCCAGUGCUCUCCUGGAACUAAGAAAAAAGAAUAUUAUUGUAUUUGCUAUAGGUGUUGGUCCAGAUCGUAGACCUGAUAACUUGAGAAAAAUUGCUGGCGAUCCGGAACGGGUAUUUGAGUUGGAAGAUUAUGACAGUCUUAGAACAAUCGGAAAGGAAUUGGUAGAUAAAGUGUGCGAUAAAGAACAAAACGAUGAAGAUAAAUGCAAAAAGAAAAAAGAUUGUGAUGGAGCAAUGGCAGACGUCAUUUUUGUAGCAGACAGCUCAAGAAGCCUAGGAUAUAAAUCGUUUAAUAAAUUGAAAGAGUUUGCGGAAGCCGUAGUGAAGAGAUUUACUGUCAGUCCUAUUGACAUACAAGUUGGUUUCAUAAAUUUUGGAAAUGAUUCCAUACUUGAAUUUAGGCUCAACAGUUACAGAGAUCAAGAUGAAGUAAUGAAGGCAAUUUCUAAGGUCCAAUAUUUAGACACCGCAGAGAGUAUGCAGCUUACAUAUACAGGCAAAGCACUACAAAUGCUGAUACAAAAAGGAUUCUUAAAACAAAAUGGCGGGCGUGGUGGAAAAGUUCCUAAAAUUGCAAUUAUCAUUACGGAUGGUGAACCAACAGACAUUGAUGCUACACACAGAUUUGCAAAAGCAGCAAAACAACAAGGAAUAAGUAUAUUUGCCAUUGGUGUUGGCAAAUGGAUGAAACAAGAUGAGAUAAACUUAUUGGCAUCUGAUCCAAAGACUACACAUGCGUUCCUGGUAGAAGACUAUGAUUCUUUAUCAUUUAUUGAAGCCGCAUUAGCAAAGAAAACUUGCACAGCUGCUAUUCAAGCGAUAUCGAUGCCACCUGAAGGUUUUUACUAGAAAUUGCAAGCAUUAACUAUAGAUCUGAUGAAAACUGAACUGUUCAAUGGAGCUGACACCUUUAUAUAUAUAUAUAGUCCUCUUGUGUAUUAAUAAUCAUUAAAGAUGAUGAAAGCAU